UUUAAUUUUGUAUAAUAUAAGCAAAUAUUAGGCGUUGUUUGCUUUCCUUGCCUUUCACUGUUAUAGCGGAAGAAAGGGCUGAGUUCUGGUGUGUGGGUUACACGAUGCUUGUUUCUGAUUGGCCAACUCUGGUGGCCCACGAUUGUUUCCGUGCUUUACCCAGCAGAAUAAACACUUCUCCUCUGUUAUCUUCUUCCUUUCACUGCUCUUCUUCUCUUUCCUUACCUCCCCUCAGAUACGCGGUGCUUGGCGCUGGUUUUGCCGGUCUCUCCGUCGUUUGGCAUUUGUUGAAGCACAGUCACAAGGAGUUAAAUGUGAGGAUUGAUAUAUUUGAUGAAGUAGGAAUUGGAGGAGGUGCCUCUGGAGUUUCUGGUGGUCUCCUCCACCCUUAUUCUCCGAAAGCUAAGCUUCUUUGGAGGGGUGCUGAGUGUUGGAGAGAAUGUUUGAUGCUUUUAAGUGUCGCAGAAAGGGCAGCUAUUUUAAAGGAAUCAACUUUUGAACAUGGAGAAUUCGGUCAAGCUGUUGAUGGCUUUAUAGUUAGAAGAAGAGGCAUUUUGAGACCAGCAACAAGCAUGAAGAAUUUGAAUGCGUUGUAUGAUAAUGCUCAGAAUUACGAUGCCAGUUGCAGAAUAGAGACCAUAGAUAAGCACGCUGCCCUAAAACUUGUGCCUCAUAUAUGUCUACCUUUUAACUCGGCCUUUCACAUGCCUCAAGCUGUAAAUGUUCAUCCUCUACGAUAUCUUCAGGCACUCUUCUCAGCUUGUGAAGAUCUAGUGAAGGAAUUAUCCUCUUCUAGCCAUGGACAAAAGUCGCUACACUUGCAUAAGAAAUCUAUUAAAAACCUGGCUGAAUUAGGAGAGGACUAUGAUGCAGUGAUAAUAUGUCUUGGUGCCAAGGCAGACAUGCUUCCAGAACUCUCUGGUAGGCUUCCUUUGAGGACAUGUAGGGGUGUAAUUGCCCACCUUCAGCUGCCUGGUAAUAUAAGGGAAGAGUAUCCGGACUGUGGCCCUUCAAUUUUAUCAGAUGCAUGGCUUGCUGUACAGGGGACACGCAGUUUAUAUAUGGGUUCAACAUGGCAGUGGAAGUCAAAAAACUCAUCUCCGAAUGUCUCAGCAGAUGAAGCUUCAAGCGCUCUUGAAGAGCUUCUACCAAAGGUGUCUGCUUUUUACCCAGGAAUAAAGGACUGGACUUUUACCGGAGCAAGGGCAGGUUUGAGGGCAAUGCCACCACUAACCCCACAUGGAUCGCUCCCGCUUUUGGGCUGUGUUGAUAAUUUUGUUGGAGAAAAUUAUAAUUGUAAAUAUUGGUUAUUUGGGGGACUUGGUUCAAGAGGUCUAUUGUACCAUGCUUGGCUUGGGAAUUUAAUGGCACAGGCUGUGCUUUCCUGUAACGAACAACUAAUCCCUGCUGAAUUGACCUCUUGGAAGAACAUGAAUAAAUAAAUUAAUGCAAUUUUUGCUUUCGUUGUUUUUGGUAUA